CUGCGCGACGCGGGCUGCUCAGCGGCGGGGCUGCCUUGAGGAGUGUCCCUCGUUCGCUGGCCUCCUUCCGCGCACCUGCUGCCGCCGCCGCCGCCGCCAACCGCCGCCUCUUCCUUCCCCGCUUCCGGCCUGCCAGAUACGGCCCUCGCGCGCGGCACGAGCAGGCCCCGCUCUCCCCUUAACCCUCUCGUCGCCGAGCCUCUCCUUUCCUUCUUCCUCCUCCUCCUCGCGCCCCGAGCGGAGCCGGUGGGCGGCGCGGCCAUGGCGGACACGGCGCAGAACGGGCCCAUGCAGGGAGGCGCGGGCGGCGGAGCCGUGCAAUUUCUGAUUACUAAUAAGUUGGAUACAGCAAUGUGGCUUUCCCGCAUAUUCACAGUUUACUGUUCGGCUUUAUUUGUCCUGCCUCUUCUAGGGUUGCAUGAAGCAGCUAGCUUUUAUCAACGUGCCUUGCUGGCAAAUGCUCUUACCAGCGCCCUUCGACUUCACCAAAGGCUACCACAUUUUCAGCUAAGCAGGGCGUUCCUGGCUCAAGCCUUGCUGGAGGACAGCUGCCACUACCUUUUGUAUUCCCUCAUCUUUGUCAAUUCCUACCCUGUUACAAUGAGUAUUUUCCCAGUUCUGUUGUUUUCUUUGCUUCACGCUGCCACCUACACAAAGAAGGUUCUUGAUGCACGAGGUUCAAAUAGUCUUCUUUUCCUAAGAAAUCUCUUGGACAAGUUAAAUGCUAAUCAGCAAAACAUCCUGAAAUUUAUAGCUUGCAAUGAGAUCUUCUUGAUGCCGGCUACUGUGUUUAUGCUUUUCAGUGGGCAGGGAAGCUUGCUGCAGCCAUUUAUUUACUACAGAUUUCUUACACUCCGUUAUUCCUCCCGCCGAAAUCCAUAUUGCCGAACCCUCUUCACAGAACUUCGGAUUGUCGUUGAGCAUGUCAUCAUGAAACCGUCGUGCCCGGCAUUUGUACGAAGGCUCUGUGUCAGCAGCAUUUCUUUUAUAAGCAGACUGGCACCAACAGUUGCAUAGUCAACACUGGAAACAUGCGUAUGUUUGUCUGAUGAACUUUCUAAGCAGCUGGUAUUUCUGCUGGUGAUUUAUAAAUUCUGGAUCUCAGUCAAGGUUGUAUGGAAACAUGUUUUCUUCCAAGAGCCUGUUCUGUGAAUUGUAUCCUAUAUGUUUAAAAAGUCUUGUUUUUCAAGAUGUUUCCGUGCUUUGUGGAAGAUGAACGCUUGCCAUCUUAGACAGAAUACUUUCCAAUGCAAAACAGUGGCGACAACCCUGCCUUGUACAAUAUGGCUUUUGUGCUGUCAUGUAUGUCCUCUUCGAUACUGAAUGAAAAUACUUAUUCAAAAAAUAAUAAUAAUGUCCAGGCAAUACUAGCUGGAUUGUGUCUAACAAGCUGCAAGCUGUGGCUGCAACAUAACUAGUAGCCUCUUAGGGGUACCUAUUGAAAUCUCUACCCAUGCGGUACAUUUGAGUCAGUAUUCCUUCCAUUCAGUAAAUGAGACAGGCUUAGUCAAUUGAGUAAAUCAUUGUGGUCAAUACAAAUCAAUUGGCACCUACUUUGAAUGUGAACAGUAGAACGAAGCAUCAAAUUUCAUUGUUCUGAUUUAUUUAAUGCUUUUGAAAUGGAAAGCUCUCCACCCUUCCCUAAGCACUUUAUUUCUUUGUAAAGUAAAUAUUUCUCUAGAUCAUCUGACUGUCCUAUUUUCCCCCCCUGUCUUCCAAAAAGCAGGCUUCUUAAAAUGCCAGUCUUUGAAACGUCUGAAUAAUAAAGAUGGAUGUUACAUUAAUUUUCAAUAUACAUUGGAAGUGUUGCCCUUGUGAGGUAAUUUUUAAAGUUCUUGCAGUUAGGCUAGUUCCAAACACCAUUGCAUACUCAUGGUGCAAUGCUAAACAUGGCAGUAGCUGUAAAUUACAUUAUGACAUAGGUCUGCCUUUCAAGUUAUGAGCAUGGAUCUUCUCUCUUCCUCCACCUUCAGUUUAUAUGCAUGGGCACAACUGCAGGUGUGUAGGACCAUAAUAUGGCGUGGGCAUGUGUCUCCUGCCCCAGCACUUUCUCAUGUACACAUGGUCAGGAACACAGCUCUGUUGCGACCUCAUAGGACUUCUGUCUCUGUGGGUGCUGCGCCUGCACAGGGAAGCAUCCUGCUCAAACUAGAGGAAUUAUUUUAUAAAGCAGAGGUGUGGAAACUCUGGCCCUCCAGAUGAUGUUGCUCUCCAACUCGCAUCUUCCUCAGCCAGCAUGGCCAGGGGUCAGGGAUGAUGGGAUUGCUAGUCUAAGACCUGGAGGGUCGCAAGUUUCCCACCACAGGAAUAAAAUAAUAUUGCAGUACUUCUUCCCUGGAGAAGAAGCGCUCUUCCAGUAAUUGUAGCCUUAUUUCAGUAGAAGUGGGGCUGUUGUCUUACAAAGCAGAGGUAAUUGGAAGACUGGUCAUUUGCUAUUUCAGCAUAGCAAGAAGGGAAAAAAUUGCACAAACUGGUUCACUUAACAGAUUCAGCAACCUAAUAGUUUUGAUUCCCAUGAUAAGCCAGUUAUUGAAUGUCCUGAGGACUGAAGAGCAUUUUAAACUGAGUUGCUUCACACGUACAUAACUUGCCUUCUUCUUCUUGAAGCAGAGCUGACCAACUUUAUAAAAUUUUUGGUCUGAGGGUUACAUUCCUGUAGUCAACCCACCUGGAGCUGCACACACUGCACAGGUACAUAGCCCAUCCCUUUUCAGUUGAUCCUUGCAGAUCUGCUGAGAAAAGGCCUGUUAGCCCCUCUCUGCUUCUGAAAUGGUAACUGGGGAAGGGUUAUUUGCAUAUCCACCAAGAGUCUGGGCAGAGAAAUUUAAGUGCUGUGACUACUUUUUUUUUUGUUUUCAUUUUUUAUGUCACCCCCCAGAAAAAAUAUGAGUGUGGGUGUGUUUUGGGGAGCCAGAAAAAGUUGGGGUUUGGGGGUGGAGGGCAAUCAAUUUAGGCAUCUAUGUCUAACCAAACACCUUGGUGUUUAUUAAAAUUCUUCCUGGACUUGAGGUUGGGGGUUGGUGUAGGCAGGUUGCUGUUUUUCAUUGCUCUCCUGCCCCCACUCUCCCAGUUCCUAACUAUGCAGGAGUAUUCAGUUGUGUGAUAUUUCCCAGCCGAGCUGUUUGGUCCGAAUCACGUAAUAUUACUUGGACCACUCAGAAUACAACCUAUUCCUGAGAAAUACUCGGGAGAGGUUUUGCAUAAUGAUAGCUGAUGGUUUAGCGAACACAUGUCCUAAACGCGCAACCCGGUCUGGGUGGUUCCUUGAGAUAAAUCCCCACUAAGUGUUCCAGGCUUACUCUUAAAUGUGUUCAGCCCUCCUUGAGCCAGGGAUAGUAAGAUCUAGGCAUCCUAAAAAGGGCCAGGAAGUAUGUACGUUACAGCCAUAGUCUUCUAUGAUAUCUGAUGGGGAACUUGCGCUGGGAAGAUAUGUAAACUUGUGUGUUUGUGUGUGUGCAUCUUCUCCUUAAAUGGAAGGCACUGUGUUAUUUUUUUUCCAUUGAGUGCCUGCAUUUUAGAAUUGAGGAAUUUGCCCAGGCACUAUACUUACUCAUUGAUUCUUCUAAGCCACUUCAUGAUUUAGUGUCUUAACAACUGCAUGAACCGAAUGAUACAUUUAAAUAAUUUGGAACGUUGCCGCUGUUUCUAAAACUAUGUUUCCUUGUAACUACCUUAUUUCUUUUUGAUUAAAUGUGAAUGUCAUUUAGAUUGAACUCAUUCAUUAGCUUGUCGAUAGCCCACCCUGUGCAUUGCUUGCUAAACUUCCGGGUAUGGACAAAUGCAGCUUUAAAAAUGGCUGGUUGAUGGCACUCCUUUUAGCUUUUUGGCUCAUAAACAUCUACUUAUAGGGAAGGCGCACACUAGUGUGCAGGAAUCCUUCAUGCGUUUUUUCAUCUAGGCUCUCUUGCUUUGAGGAUUUUAUAAAAAUUUCUACAGCAAUAAAGUGACUGUUGUGGUGGUA